AUGGCUCCUGUUGUCGCCGCCGUGGAGCCUUUCACCCUCCUCAAGUGCCUGAUGCCGCAGGACGACGGCUUGGGCGACGACAACGGAAGCACCGACGUCGACGUGAAGCCGAUAAAGGCGCACCGCCGGGAGUCCGACCCGGCGGCGGCGUUGGCCGCGGUGCGGCACGAGUUCGGCGAGCAUGGCGGCGUGAACAUGUCCAUCGAGGCGUCGAUCACGUUCACGGUGAUGGAGCCGGACACCAUGCGGCGGCUCUUCGCUGGGGAGCUCGGCCCGGAACGCGACGACCUGUACAUCUACAGCCGCCACUUCAACCCGACGGUGCUUGCGCUGGGGCGGCAGAUAGCGGUUCUGGAGGGCACCGAGGCCGCCUACUGCACGGCGUCCGGCAUGGCGGCCAUAUCUUGCGUGAUGAUGCAGCUGGUGGGCGCCGGCGGGCACGUGGUGGCGUCGCGGUGCCUGUACGGCGGCACCCACGCGCUGCUGUCCAGCUUUCUGCCGCGCACGUCAGGGGUGAGCACGACGUUCGUCGACACUGACGACGAGGCGGCCGUGCGCGCAGCUGUGCGGCCCGGGGAGACGAAGGUGGUGUACGUGGAGACGAUGUCGAACCCGACGCUGGCCGUUGCGGAUAUCCCGAUGCUGGCACGGGUGGCGCACGAGGCGGGAGCCAAGCUGGUGGUGGACAACACAUUCACUCCCCUCGUCGUCUCGCCCGCGCGGCUCGGCGCCGACGUCGUCGUCCACAGCGUCUCCAAGUUCAUCAGCGGCGGCGCCGACAUCAUCGCCGGUGCGAUCUGCGGGCCAGCGAGUCUGGUGAAUUCGAUGAUGGACCUGCAGGACGGCGCGCUGAUGCUGCUGGGCCCGACGAUGAACGCCAAGGUGGCGUCCGAGCUCGCCGGGCGUCUCCCCCACCUGCCGCUGCGGAUGCAGGAGCACUCUCGCCGCGCCGGGGAGUUCGCGACCCGGAUGCGCCGCCUGGGCCUCCGCGUCACCUACCCUGGCCUCCCCGACCACCCGCACCACGAUCGGCUGCGCACCAUGGGCAACCCGAGCUACGGCGCCGGCGGGAUGCUGUGCGUGGACAUGGGCACCGAAGCGCGCGCCAACCGCCUGAUGCACCACCUACAGAAUUCCACCCAUUUCGGCCUCAUGGCCGUCAGCCUCGGCUACUACGAGACGCUCAUGUCCUGCUCCGGGAACAGCACCAGCAGCGAGAUCGCGCCCGACGACCGCGCACGCGCCGGCAUCUCUCCAGGCCUCAUCCGCGUGUCCGUAGGAUACAACGGCACCCUCGAGCAGCGCUGGGCGCAGUUCGAGCGAGCCCUCGCGCUCGUGCAGCAGGAGAUCCCCGACGCUUGCGCCGACAAGCCCUGCCAGGCCGUCUGA